UACAUUAGCUCAUUAUAUUUUGAUUAGAAAAACUGUUCUUUUUUCCGGGACAUGAAGACUUACCUUGAUCCAAUUAGUAAGCUUGCCGUGUAUUGCUGGCUAAUUGUGGCUGCUGAUUUUUUUGGUUAUGUGUUGGUAGUGAUGAUCUUCAUGGUUGAACAUGAUGAAUGACAGAAAAAUGCAUCUUAGAGUGUUCUGUUAAUUUCAUCUGGAUGGAAAUUAAAGUUUAAGAGCAAGAACACCGUAGGUGUUAUAACUUCACGUGCAUUGUAAAGUGACGCUCAGAUGAGUUGCAUUCAUAUCAUUGCCUGCCAGCCUUGUUUAAAUUCUGCAUCUCGAGCUCAGGAGUUGCUACUUCGUAAGAAACCUACAUGGGUUUCAACUUAUCCAGGAACGGAACUUCUUAAGAUUUCCAUGAAACGGACCUCUGCCACAUUUAUGCACCAGCAAUCCGCACCUGUAUGCUUAUUUGGUGGUAAAGGAAAGAAUGAAAAUGAGGCUUCUCCAUGGAAAGCUCUCGAGAAAGCCAUGGGAAAUUUGAAAAAGGAGCAGUCAGUUGAGGAUGUAUUGAAACAGCAGAUUCAGAAACAAGAAUAUUAUGAUGAUAGAGGCAAUGGUGGAAAACCUCCAGUUGGUGGUGAUGGAGGUGGUGGCGAUGGCUUUGGUGAAUCUGAAGAUGAAAGUCUUUCUGGGAUGUUGGAUGAGUUUAUGCAAGUGAUAUUGGCAACUAUUGGAUUUGUGUUUCUGUACAUUUAUAUAAUCGAUGGAGCGGAUAUCACUGUAUUAGCUAGAGACUACAUCAAGUUUUUGUUUGGAGGACAAAAGAGCUAUCGUUUAAAGCGUGCCAUGUACCAGUGGAAGAAGUUCUUCCAGACGCUGACAGAGAAGCAAGAGGACGAUGAUCCGUAUUGGCUUGAACGUGAAAUAAUUAAUACCCCCACGUGGUAUGAUAGCCCCGUUAAAUACAGGCGUCUCAAGGCUUAUCUGGAGUCUCUGGAGUCAAAAUCU